UAUGGUCGCUUAAUUCUUUGCAAAACGCUAAUUUCCUGUAUUCCGGUGUUAUGUAUACUUCGUAUGGCCGCUUAAUUUUGCUUCUCAAACUCUCCCUUUACCUGUCACAUUUGUCCUAAAAAACCCUAAAGGGCCGCCGCCGCCCCCAAACGCCAUCGAAAAUGUCUGUCUCUGAGGGAUUGGUUCUCCGUGGCACCAUGCUAGCCCACACCGACAUGGUCACAGCCAUUGCCAUUCCCACCGACAACUCCGACAUGAUCGUCACUUCCUCACGCGACAAAUCCAUCAUCCUUUGGCACUUAACCAAAGACGAAAAGACAUACGGCGUCCCUCGUCGUCGUCUCACCGGUCACUCUCACUUCGUCCAAGAUGUUGUCCUCUCUUCCGAUUCCCAGUUCGCUCUAUCCGGUUCCUGGGAUGGUGAGCUUCGUCUCUGGGACUUAACUGCCGGAACCUCUGCUCGUCGCUUUGUUGGCCACACGAAAGAUGUUCUCUCUGUUGCCUUUUCCUUUGACAACCGUCAGAUCGUUUCGGCCUCUCGUGAUCGAACUAUCAGGCUUUGGAAUACCCUUGGAGAAUGCAAAUACACAAUCCAAGACGGCGAAGCUCACACCGAUUGGGUUAGCUGUGUUCGUUUCAGCCCAAAUGCUCUCCAACCCACCAUCGUUUCGGCUUCGUGGGAUAAGACUGUGAAAGUUUGGAACCUGACCAACUGUAAGAUUCGUAACACAUUGACCGGACAUUCUGGCUAUGUGAACACGGUGGCCGUUUCACCUGAUGGGUCUUUGUGUGCUAGUGGAGGAAAAGACGGGGUGGUUCUGUUGUGGGAUUUGGCUGAAGGAAAGAAGCUUUACAGUCUUGAUGCGGGUGCGGUCAUUCACUCGCUUUGCUUUAGUCCUAACAGGUACUGGCUUUGUGCUGCCACGGAGCAGAGUAUCAAAAUCUGGGAUCUUGAGAGCAAGGGCAUUGUGGAGGACUUGAAGGUUGAUCUCAAGGCUGAGGCUGAGAAAUUUGAGGCUACUGACAACGCAAACAAGAAGAAGGUCAUAUAUUGCACAAGCUUGAACUGGAGUGCUGAUGGAAGCACCUUGUUUAGUGGAUAUACAGAUGGUGUAAUCAGAGUUUGGGGAAUUGGUCGUUACUAGAUGCAUGCUUGAGUAAUCACAGCAUGAACUUUACGUGAUAGAUUGGUUGCCCUUUCUUGUAGCAGUUCCAAACCUUGUUAAGAUAUUGUUUAAAUGUUGAAGGAUCCUUGUUUUGUUUUUCUAAUGUUUGGAUAUUGUUGCUAGGCAUUGAGGCCUAUGCUAUUUUGGUUUGUUUAUGAAGUUGAUAUUUAAUUUA